UUGAAACUUGCGUCUAUUAGAAGUUUCAUUCUUUCGGUUGGUAGUGUGUCGUGCGAAUUGCAAGUUAAUUGUAAACUUUUAAAUUUUUAUUUCAAUUUGAAAUUGUGUUUUCGAAAAUAGAAUUACAUUUUAAAAUAUCCAAUAGUAUAUUUGUAAAUAUAAAUUAAAUUCUUCCGUUUCGGACAACAUUCGAAAAGAUGGCACCAAGGGAAUCAUGUUUAUUCAAGUUUAUUACGGAUGCCUUAAUGAAUGAGACAUAUAAAUCCUAUUUGUAUUGGAUUAACACAAAUGAGGGAAAAUUUUGUCUCAAGUGCAUUAUUAGAAGUAAUAAGAAUUGGACUCCUUCAUGUGCUAAAAUCUUUGAUGAUUAUCAUAAUUUGAAACCCAGAAAAUGUAAUGAUAGACGUCAAAGAUUUUUAGUUGCAAUGCAAGCUUGUCCAUUUAUUACAUAUCUGAAAGAAGAAUCCUCAAAGGAAGAAAAAUAUUAUAAAAUUCAAAUGCAUGGAACAUUGCCUGUUAAUGCAGCGGAUGAAAUUGAAGUAUUUCCAUCAAAUGAAAAUAUGGAUGUGCAGACAUCUCAAAUUACUCAUACUAGUGAAGAUGGAUCUGCUGCUGGUGUUGCAAAUAUGGGAAACUAUGUCUGUCAUUCCCACAGUGAAAAUGAUUUGGAUAAUCAUUCAAGUCCAUUGCUGGUUGAUAGCAACUAUUCUCUUCCUGAUGACAUUGCUCAGCUACUUAGCAAUUUGGGAGAUUCUGAUGUGAAUUUGACUAUUCCUGAUGCUAUAACAAAUGAACUAAAAUAUCCUGAAAAUGGAGCUUCUUUUUUAAAUAAUUCAAUUCAUUUGACGAGAAGUCCCCUCAGCUGUGAUCAAACUCUGAACUUUACAGAUGAAUUUAAUCUCCCUGCAAAAGAACAGAGUUAUUCUUUUGAAUUAAGGGCAGAAAAUGAUUUUCCUAUUAACUAUGAUCCUGUAAAUGAUCUGAUUCAAUCUAUUGGAACUCCAAAACCUGUUGAAAUGGAAGCAAUUCCAAAAACUAAUUCUGAUCAACUUGGGAAUGUGCAAAUGAUACCAGAGAUAUCUGAGGAAUUUUGUAAAUGUGAAUUUGAAGGAGUAUUCAGAAUUGAUGACAAUGAUGGUAUUGUGAAGCGUUUGCAGCGCAACAGAGUUUCUGGUGAUAAUCAUGAGAAACAUUACUAUAUGAUGGUUCUGAAACCUAAAACAAUGUGACUACUGUAUUCUCCAAACACUGAAGUCUUAACUGAAGAUCUUAAAUCAAGAAGAGAUUUUGUAGUUAAUACUGUAAAACUACUAUUAGAUAUUUUUGUUUUUGUUGUAUUUGAAUAUAAUCUUAAGAGAUGUAAGCUGCCUACAUGUCUUAGAUGGAGGGCUAUUAUGUAUAUGUUAAAGUAUUGUGCAAUUGUAUGGGAAAAAUUCCAAACUUUCAGCCAAACUCUUUAAUGUAAUAUCUUGUAGUAAGCUUCACUCAUUAUUCUUGGUAACAAUAACAGCAAAGUUGAGACCAUGAUUUUUUUUAACGUAUUUUCAUGAUAUAUGUAUAAUUUUUCUGUGUUGUGAAGAGAGUGAUAGAUACAAGCCUGCUGAAUUAGCAUUAUUUUUGAAAGUUUUAAAAUUCAUGUUCUUGGAAAAGUCUUCUAUAAAAUAAGCCAUUUAACUAGUUCUUUUGCUGGUAUAUAAAGUUAUUUCUAAGCUUGUCAUCUGACCAUGGUUGAAAAUUGAGUUCAUCCCAAAGUAACUAGAACAUUAAUACGACUAAACUAAAGAGUUUAUAACAAGAUUGUACAGAUUUUGUCAAUCAAAGACUCUGAUAUUUCUAUUUCUCUCUGAUACUCUUUUUAAACAGAAGCUUUGGGUAUAAAAUGAAAAUGGGCAAAUGGAAUGAAAAUAAAUGGGCUAACUUCAGAGCAAGAAUUUUCUGUGUAUGUGAAUUCUUAAAAUCAUUAGAAAAAUCUAAUAUUCAAUAAACACUUAGAAAAUACCUUGAAUUUUUUUUAGAACUUCUGAGGAAAUUAAAAUAUAACUUGUAAGGAAUGCUUGUUUCAUUUGAAAGUUUGUUGGACUGAUCCAAUUUUUGUUAAAUUUUUCAUUAGUUGCCUUCAAACCAAAAAUGAAAAUUCAAAUGAAAGAAAACUGUAUGCUGAUAAUAAUUGUUCGGUAGAUUGCUUUUAAAAGUAAGUUUUAAUUUGAUAUUCAACUUUGUCCAAGAUUUCACAUUACAGUGAAUUUUUAAAAUUAUGAGACUAAUGUGCACAAUAUGGUAAUGAACUUGAUAUCCUAACAAUAUGUCCAUCAAAAUUUAUCUUGACUCCUAUUGAUAUAGACUGUGAACUUCUUAACCUUGUGCUUGAAUAAAAUAGAAGAUAUGAAAGCAAGACAUCUAGUGUUUUACUUUUCUUGUAUUCUGCUCAUGGUAAUAAAAAAUUUACCUUUUUGGAGUGCUGUUAAUGAUAAUCCAGUUCGCAAAGGUUAAAUUUUUCAUGUUGUACCUAGUUAAUAUUUCUGAAUGUGAUACUAAUAUUUAAAAAAAUGAUUUUAUUUUUUACCAACUUUUAAACAUUAAUACCCUAUUAGCACAAAAUGCCCAACAACAGUCUUACAGUAUCUUCCAGAUCUUGUCCAUCAUUCAGAAUAUUGAAUAACAUUGUAAAGAAAUUGUACUACAUCUUGUGCUAGUAGGUUAAUUGUUAUUCUUUUUAAUGAGCUGUUAUAUAUUUAAAAGAAGUGUUAUACUUUAAAAUUCAACAUUUGUGCAUCUCUGUAUAAUCCUAAAAUGAUUGAAGUGUUUAUUUUAUUGUUUAUCAAUAAGGUGACAAUUCUUAGCUUUGUUUGUAUUGUUCGAAAUGUUUUCCAUUAUAAAUAAUUUCAUUGAUAAUCCUGAUAUUAGUUUUGCUAUUUUUUGAGAUCUUUUGUUAUACAAUUAUACUAACAGUACUUCACAAGCUUGUUCUU